UUUCAUUAUUAAACUCUCAUCGGAGAUUUGAAAACUAUUAAGACACGAUUAGUAGAACAUUUCUGGGGAUAUUUUUGUGUGUUGUGCAAGAUGAUGAAGAAAAUGUUUGUUGUGAUUUUGAACUGUUUCUGGAGUCUAUCUGGUGUGGCUGGUAGUGAGUCGAGGUCAGUGAUGGAGGGAGAUUCUGUCACUUUAUCAGUCAGUCUCACUGAAACACAGAGAAAAGAGGGAAUCUCCUGGAAGUUUGGACCUCGGGAUGUCACCAUAGCUGAAAUUGAGGUUGGUGACAAUAACAUCCGUCCAUAUGAAGAUAGAGCUGAUGGAAGAUUCAAAGGCAGAGUGAAGCUGGAUCACAGUGGAUCUCUCACCAUCACAAACACCAAAACCACAGACUCUGGACUUUAUAAAGUGAGCCAAACCAGCUCAGACAAACAACUCAGUGUAUUCAACAUUAAUGUCUAUGCUCCUCUUCCGGUUCCUGUCAUCACAAACGCCUCUCCAGAAAACACUUCAUCAUCAGAAAGAUCAAACUGUUCAUUGUUGUGUUCAGUGUUGAAUGGGAGAGGUGUAACUCUCUCUUGGUACAAAGGAAAGAGUUUAUUGUUUAACAUCAGUGAGUCUAAUCUCAACAUCAGCAACAUCUCUCUACCUCUGGAGGUUGAAUAUCAGGAUACAAACACAUACAGCUGUGUGGCCCAACAUCCUUUAAGCAACCAGACUCAAGAUUACUGCCUUACUGAUCUCUGUCAGCAGUGUUCAGGUCUCCCUUUCAAAUAUAUUGUUCUCAUCUGUUGUGUUGUUGGAGUUCUGAUGAUUGUAGCUGCAGUUUUGAUCUUCUGCAUCCGCAGGAAACUCAGAGCUACAGCUAAUAAAUGUGAAGACACUGAAGAGGAUGAUAACAAGUUUACAAUCCACAAGGAAGAUAAUGAAGAGGAUGAUAACAAGUUUACAACCUAUACGAGAGUUCCUGAAGUUGGUGCUUCAACCUAUGAGGGAGACAAUGAAGUGGGUGAUUCAAUAUAUGAGGUCUCUUCCGAGAGAAACCCAUAUAACAACAUCAUUUAGAAAUGUUUUUCAUAAAUGCUCCAUACUAUUGUUAUGUAUUCAUGUUAUUGUGUGUUUAUAUCUGUGCAGGGAGUCAUUAAAGAGGAUGAUUCAAAAUAUCUGGUAUCUCACCAUAGAAACAGAUAUAACAUCAUCAUUUUGAAAUGUAUUUUUAUAAAUGCUCCAUACUAUAUUUAUGUAAUCAUGUUAAAGCUUGUGUGUUUUGUGUGUUUAUAUCUGUGCAGAGAAUUACUGAAGCGGAUGAUAACCAAUAUUCAACCUGCAAUGAUGAACUUAACUACAGCUCUGUUAACCACCUUGAACAGGUCAAUUAUGUUGACAAGGUUUUCUUUGUUACACAGACUCCCAAGUUCAACUUUAAAAGAUAAAAUAAAUUAUGUGUCUUACAGUAUUUCAAAAGUUGAGACAGAAGCAGACUGUGACAGAUAAGGUUGACACUUUAACAGUCUAAAGUUUGUCUGAAGUAUCAGAACUUUACAUCCUGUGGAAUUCAGUCGGUAGUAGGUUAGUUAAGCCUAGUUUAUAUGUUUUAUUAUUAGCUUGGAACUGGUUAAACCACAGACAUGGAAAAUGUUAAAAUCUGCAUUGCAGAAUGGGAAAUAUACUCUGCUUCGCGAAAUGCUUAAAGUUUGAUUAUUUUCUUUUAUAAUAUAUAUGCAUGCCUAGCUUAAUAACAAAAGCGCUCAAAGGUACUGAGAAACUCAAGAGAUGAUUUGAUGUAUUUAUGCCCAAAUUAGUCAGGGUCUUGAAUUUUUCUUUCUGUAACCAUGCAGCUACAGUAUUAAUUUGAAGACUGACCAGAGACUUAACCAUGUGGUGAAAACCUCUCACUGAUAUUUUUGAAUGUUUACUUGGAAUUUGUUUAUUAAACCCUGACUAUUUGUAAUGGAGAUUCAUUAAACUUGUUAUAAAUAA